AUGGUGUCAGAUGAUGAAGAUAAAGGACUGUCCGUUGUCACUCGGAGCGAAAAAGAAGUAAAAGCUGAUGUGAUGGGUAACGAAGAAGAGCACACGCGGAAUGAAGGCAAAGAUAUAGAGGAAGAAGAGAUAACCAUUCCUCAAGAUGUUACAAAGGAGUCGCAAAGUGAGGAGGAAAAGCACAAGCCAUGCCUAAAAGCCAAAAAAAGAAUGCAGGAUGAGAAGUUUAAGAAGUUUCUAUCGGUAUUCAAUACCUUAUCGAUUAAUCUCCCUCUAGUUGAAGCAUUGUUGGAAAUGCCGGGUUACGCCAAAUUCAUGAAUGAGUUAGUCACCAAAAAAAGAAGCUUGGAUUUUGAGACGAUUAAAGUCUCUCACAGUUGUAGUACAAUUGUGACGAAGAAGCUGAUCGAAAAGAAAAAUGAUCCUGGAGCAUUCACUAUCCCAUGUACUAUAAGCAUGCUAAUGUUUGCAAAAUCCUUAUGCGAUUUGGGAGCUACAACUAUGAGACUCUUGAUGGCUGACAGAUCGAUCAAACAUCCGGUGGGAAUACUUUAUGACAUUUUGGUUAAGGUUGAUCGAUUCAUUUUUCCGGCCGAUUUUGUCAUACUCGACUGUGACAUAGAUGCCAAAAUUCCUAUUAUCUUAGGGAGGCCAUUCUUGGCAACUGGGAGAGUGUUGGUGGAUGUUGAGAGUGGGGAGCUGAAAAUUCGGGUUAAUGAAGAUGAAGUCACCUUUGAUAUGUACAAAUCAAUGAAACACCCGAGUGACAUCCAUGUAAUUUCAACUGAUGAUAUGGUUGAUGAGGCAGUGGCUAGUGUGAGCCAUUUGAUGUGCAGCAAAGAACCACUUGAGGUUGUUUUAGCUAACGAUGAAUAG